AGUUCCGUUCGGUUGCUGUCAAAAGAAGAAGAAAAAAAAAAACAACAAACAAACGGAUCUCUCGCGCACUGACGUCACCGCCUUGCCGCGAGCGCCGGGGACAGCGUGCUUCGCGCCGAGCGCGAGCCGUGCGUUUCCGCGCGCGAGCGGAGGGGGACCCGGGAACGGGCAAACGGGACCGGAAACCAUGUGAGGAAUGAACCGAACCGAACCGAGACCGGGCUACAGAGUUACAGCAUGUGCGCGCGCUUUCUUCCCCGCGUCCCUCCGUUAGAAUAACCGCGGCAGAGCCAUGAGCGAACCGGAGCGCAGAGGCAGCCAGCGGGCCCCAGUUCGGGUCGGGUUCUACGACAUUGAGCGCACUUUGGGGAAAGGGAACUUCGCGGUGGUGAAGCUGGCCAGACACCGGAUCACCAAGUCGGAGGUGGCCAUAAAGAUCAUAGAUAAGACCCUGCUGGAUUCUGCAAACCUGGAGAAGAUCUACAGGGAGGUGGAGAUCAUGAAGCUGCUGGAUCAUCCGCACAUCAUCAAGCUUUACCAGGUCAUGGAGACAAAGAACAUGCUCUACUUGGUGACGGAGUUUGCCAAAAAUGGCGAGAUCUUUGACUACCUGGCGACCCACGGGCGGUUGAGUGAGGCAGAAGCCCGGAGGAAGUUCUGGCAAAUCUUGUCAGCUGUUGAGUACUGCCACGAGCGCAGCAUCGUCCACCGAGACCUGAAGGCUGAGAACCUGCUGCUCGAUGCAAACAUGAACAUCAAGAUUGCAGACUUUGGUUUUGGGAACUUCUUCCAACCAGGACAGCCUCUGGCCACGUGGUGUGGCAGCCCACCUUAUGCGGCCCCAGAGGUGUUCGAAGGGCAGAAAUAUGAAGGUCCACAGCUGGACAUUUGGAGUAUGGGGGUGGUCUUAUACGUGCUGGUGUGUGGUGCAUUACCAUUUGAUGGUCCCAGCCUGCCUGUUUUGAGACAGAGGGUCCUCGAAGGCCGCUUCCGCAUCCCGUACUUCAUGACUGAAGACUGCGAACACCUGAUACGGAGGAUGCUGGUCCUUGACCCGGCCAAGAGGUUAGCACUAAGCCAGAUUCGUCAGCACCGCUGGAUGGUGCAGGAGGUCCCGUCAACCAAGCCCCAGCUUAACCAGCAAGGCGUGGGAGAGCAUAGCGAGCAGGUCCUCCGUCUCAUGCACAACCUCGGCGUUGACCAGAACAAGACUGUGGAGUCUCUCCAGAACAAAAGCUACAAUCACUUUGCUGCUAUUUAUUACCUGCUGGUGGAACGGCUCAAGGCCCACAGGAGCAGUUUCCCUGUGGAACAGCGACUCAAUGGUGCCCAGCGCCGGCCAAGCACUGUGGCUGAGCAGACUGUCCUCAAGUCUUCUGUUCCAGCGACGCGCCACCUGCGCUCACCAAUUCUCCUUCAGACCUCCGCUGAGACUUUCAGCUUCACACAAAGCACUGCUUCUCCAAAGAAAGCCUUAAUGGAGGAGGAGGAGGUGGCCACUCCCAAGGUGGACGGCUGUCUGUUGGAGCCUCUGCCCCCAGUCGUGGCCCGUAAUGCCAGUGGCUCAUUUCCAGGCACCGUCACAGAGUCAUCCAUAGAUGAAGGAAUUGAAGCUGAAGACGAACAGAACGUCCACUUAAGCCAGUGCAGACAAACACUGUCAGAGGGCACCAGUCAACUGGGCACAGUGUCUGCCUCAGGGAAGCUCCUCUCCAUGGGAUUGAACCCAUCUCUGGGUAGCAUGGACUCAGAGUAUGAUUUGGGCUCCACACACAGUGACCUCAGCCUGGCUGAGGACCCUCCGCCCCAUGGAGGCACAGUUAUAGUGAUGCCUGCCAGUCAAGCAGAUUCCACCUUCCCCUACUUGAUACCUUCUAAUCCCAGCCCCCAGGCAUUAAGCCCAGAGGAGCACAAGGCUCAUAAUCAUUCAUCAGUCAGCUUUCGUGAAGGACGGCGAGCAUCAGACACUUCGCUUACACAAGGUCUGGUGGUGUUUCGGCAGCACCUCCAAAAUCUUGCCAGGACCAAAGGAAUUCUAGAGCUGAACAAAGCCCAAGUGGUGCUGGGAUCUGGAGAUGGAGAUACUAGUUUCCAGCUGAAAAAUAUCGAUCUUCAACAGCAGGGAGAAGCACAUCAAUGUCGUGGUGGAAAGGACACAGCGAUGUUCUCAACUAAAAUGCACCCCUACCUGCUGUCUAGACGACAGUCGCUGGAAACACAGUGUCUUGCUCAGAGGCUGCAGAGGGCUAGUCUUCUGGCCAGUGGUGCUGGCAGUGGGCAAAUGUUCUGUAAGGAUCCUAUGCCUCGUACCCUGGAGCAGCAACUACAGGAAUACAGACUCCAGCAGAAGAGGCUCCAUCUACAGAAGCAGUCUCAUCUGCAGGCCUACUUCCACCAGACUCAGCUGGCAGAGGACCGGUACCCGCACGUGCAGGAUCACGCCGAUACCGCUCUCGUCGGCCCGCCAUUCUCUCGUACACCUCAGACCCUCAGCCCGCUCCUGGAGCCUGGUACCCCCUACCAAGAGAUGCAUUCUGUGCCCUCAGACUGUGAGACAAUGGAAGCUCAACAAGGCGGUUGUGUUCUGGUGAAGUGAAGCUCUUCCUUUUCCAGCCAGACAACACUGGGGCUGGAUCUCAGACAACAACAAAAAACAAAUCAGAAUAGCGUCAAGCUCUCAUGGACAAGCAAAAUGAUGUGUUGUUGUUCGAUCUUAAUGAGACACAUACACCCCGUCGUGAUUCUAAUCCCAGAGUAUGGACUAUGAAGGACUUGUUUAAUCGACUGUAAGAGUGGCGUUUCUUUACAAAACUAGCCUGCUAGGAAAGCACAAUAGAAACAUGUUCUAGCAAAGAAUCCGAUUUGUGACUGUAUAAAAAGCAAUAUGUUCUCCCUCAAAAGGCAUUGUUAGGAUUAUUCAAUUUUUAUUAGUUUAGUUGGAAAUUUAAUUUCAAAGCUGUGGCUAUUUGGUUAUAAUAGUUUUUUAUUUUUUAUUUUAAGGAUUGUUAUACUUCAUUACACCUGCCCCUGACCACCAACUGAAACUAACCUCCGAAAGCUUUUAGUCUUUCAGAACAGUGGGAGGAUCCUUUCUGUCCAUCAGUCAAAGGGGUGGGUUAUGUGAUACAUGAAAGUUCACGUUUAAUUGUUUCCCAUUUCACUAAAAUGGUGGCUCUAAAUGCUGUGCUCUAUCUGAAGUGCCUUUCCACCGUUUGGAAAGUAUAAUUGGGCUUUUAGGCACUUUGAGACGCGUCAAGACAGAAACUUUCGUCGUACCGAGCGAUGUGAAAUCCACUAGUCGCUACUAAUGACCGCUAACCCAAACAAUGCUGGCAGGUUUGUUUCAUUUAAGAGCACUACACAAUUUUAAAGCACUUACUAGUUUAUUCAGUAUACUUUUAUACUGGAUAUUCUGUUCAGUACCCCUAGGAAUAGUUAUACAAUUAUUGACUGUAGCCUAUCUGACGCUGUAUCAUUCCACCCGUGUGUUAACAGGAAGUGGCCAGAAUAGGAACUGGUCUGAAACAAUUAAAUAGAUGAAGCAGUUUAAAAGUUAAAAAAAAAUAAAUAAUAAAAAAAUAAAUAAAUAAAUUGUUUGCCGAAUGUCUAUGUAUCCCAAAUUAUAUUUGGAAGUUCGAAAUCUUUUUAUGUAACAUUUUUAAGACUGAGUAAUCCUUUUGUCUGAACUGAGAAUCAGAGGAGUUCUGCAUGUCGUGACUGGUACACGAAUAGCUGACACAGCAGCACUGAAGACCCCCAACCCAACCCACCAACCCUCAUUUGAAGCACAAGACAAAAGGGGGCUGAUUGAUUACGCAUACUUGCAGUCAAUAACUGUAUACCAACAAAGCACCCACAAGGCCAAGGAGUCUAACAGGAGGCCAUUUCAGAUUCAGAGUUGAGCUGCAGCAAUUUUUGUCAGGAAGUACAGAAUUUCAUUAUUAUUGUCAUGGGCCUUUUUUUCCCCCUUGUGAAAUAUUAAUAUUUCUUUUCAAACAGAACUCAAGUCCAUUAUGAUUUAGAAGAUCUAUGAAGUAUGAGAACCGAAUCCCUAAUGGCAUCUCAUUACACCCAUACACUUCUGCUCCCUAGAUACUGUAGAUAAGAAAGAAAAGGCUUCCAUCACCUAGAUAGUGUGCUACACAUUGAAUAUUAUGGUUACUGUACAAGAAUAUUUACCGUCCCGACGUAUAGUAGCAAUACGGAACUUUUCUGUAAUAGUUAUAAAAAAAAUUAACAAUAAUAAAAAUAAAAAAAACACUUGAAAUCGGUAUUUGUAGUGAACAUGUGUUGACUUUUUUUUGCCAGUUUCACAAAACAAAGCUCUCACUAAAACGUGGUAGAAUUUGUAGUCGCACUUUUGUUGCCUUUCAUUUUGUUGGAAUUAAACAUGAAAGACACAUAAAAA